AUGGCCCGCCUGCUGGGCACCCUGCGCAGCUCCCAGCCCGUGGCGCGCUUCCAGCGCUGCUGCGGCCUCUUCCCCGCAGGCGAGGAGAGCGGCGGCGGCGGCGGUGACCCCGCGGAGGGGGCCCGGGACCGCGGCGCCUGCAACGGAGCGGGCGCGCUGCGCCGCCCGGCAGCCAACGGGGUGCGGAGCGGCCGCGGCCCGCAGGGUUGUGCGCAGAAGUACAUUGUGAAGAACUACUUCUACUACUACUUGUUCAAGUUUUCAGCUGCUUUGGGCGAAGAGAUUUUUUAUAUCACUUUCCUCCCAUUUACGUACUGGAACAUAGAUCACUCUGUGUCUAGAAGGAUGAUAAUUAUUUGGUCUAUAGUGAUGUACAUAGGCCAGGUCUCCAAGGACAUCCUGAAGUGGCCUCGGCCCCUCUCGCCACCUGUCGUCAAGCUGGAAAUGAGGACAGAUGCAGAGUACGGGAUGCCUUCCACCCACGCCAUGGCAGCUACCGCCAUCUCCUUCUCCUUUCUCAUUGCAACCGUGAACCAGUACAAGUAUCCAUUUGAACUAGGCCUGGUAGCAGCAUUUGUAUUUUCAACGCUGGUGUGUCUCAGCAGGCUCUACACGGGGAUGCACACAGUCCUGGACGUGAUUGGCGGAGCACUGAUUUCGGCUGUGCUGCUCGUGCUCUUGUAUCCUGCGUGGGACAUGAUAGAUCACUUGCUGUUAACUAGUCCUUUCUGUCCACUGCUUUCCAUAGUUGUGCCUCUUGUCUUAUGUUACAACUACCCCAAACUAGACUAUUACAGCCCUACCAGGGGAGACACCACUACUAUCUUAGGAGCAGGAGCUGGAGCAACUGUGGGAUUUUGGUUAAAUAACCAGUAUGCUGCGCCAGCCUACACCAGCGAAAAUUUUCAGCUUGGAUUUCCUCUGAUCACCAGUAAAAUAGUGGUGGUUGUGCUAGCCAGGUUCUUUGUAGGGAUCUUUGUUGUUCUACUGACGCGCCAACUCAUGAAGAGUGUGGUCCUUGGCAUGCUGGGUUAUCGGUACAAGUUUCCCAUUGGCGACCUGGAAGCCCGGAGACGACUGGAAGUCGAAGUGCCGUAUAAAUUUAUAACGUACUCCUCGGUUGGCUUCAGUGCUACCGUGAUUGUGCCACUGCUGCACCAGCUGUUAGGACUGAUGUGAGCGCAGCGCCUUCCUUACAAAGUAAUGUACGGCACCACCAUUUCAGAGAUGCGGGUAUGGGACAAAGUCCUGCCUAUCGUGCAGGGGUGACAAGUAG